AUGGAUACGGUCAACCAACGAAUGGUCGCACAGGAUGAAGUCAUCGCUGAACUGCGAUGCCCAUCUGGGACAUCUGCAUCUACUGUACAUCCGGUCCCGGCUGCCCAGCCAAAUCCUAAUCUCUCUCCACCACUGGAAACUCCUCAGGUCCCAGAUCCUCAAGAGAUGUUUCCAACAGCUUCAGCUUACAGACCUCCGGUACAACCUCCUACGGGAACCAUUCCCUUCGAUAUGAAUGAAGUUGAUCCAACCAUGAUCAAAAUUGCCAGGCUUGAGAAAGCCUUGAAGAAAUCCCAGGGUUUCAAUUCAAUUCCCGACAUUGAGGAUGGGUACACUGAGGCUUCAGUCAGGUCGCCAGAAAAAUUCAAAAUGCCUCACAUCGAUAGAUUUGAUAGGAGCGGGGAUCCGAUUGUACAUGUCCGCCUGUUUUUAGAUGUGUUGAGGCCUAUGGGUUUAUCCAGGGCACAAAAACUCUCAUUAUUUAGGAGAACCCUGUUAGAUGUAGCGGGCAUCUGGUAUGCCAAAUUGGAGGACUCAACGAAAUGGAAUUGGAAAGAACUGUCUGAGGGGUUUGUUAACCAAUACUCAUACAAUACUCAGAUAGAAGUAACAAUGAGUGAACUGGAAGCAACCACUCAGAACCCUAAAGAACCCUUCAUUGACUUUGUGACAAGAUGGAGGGCAAAGGCAGCCAGAAUGACGAGCAGACCUUCUGAAAAAGAACAAGUCAGCGCCUUCGAAAAGGGCAUCAUCCACAGAACAAGUGAACCUGUAAAAAAGCCAUUCACUCAGAGUACCAAUGCUAGUACUAGCACUCUUCCGCAGCCUGUAGAUGUCAAUAUCAUUGCUACAUCAUCGGCUAAGAUGGUCGAUCCCUUUGCUGCUGCCACAAACUCACAAACCGCACAAAAUAGUCAACCUUGGAACUGA